AUGACGGAAUGUUGUCCAUACAUUCAUCAUUCCGCACUUAUCCUUGUCAGAGGAGAAGAGGAUGACGACAAAGGAGUAGAUUUUGAUGACGACAGAAGAAUAGGUGAUGACGACAGAGGAGCUGAUGAUGACGACAGAGGAGCUGAUGAUGACGAUAGAGGAAUAGGUGAUGACGACAGAGGAAUAGGUGAUGACGACAGAGGAGUAGAGGAUGACGACAGAGGAGCUGAUGAUGACGACAGAGGAAUAGGAGAAGAUGAUGACGACAGAGGAGCUGAUGAUGACGACAGUGGAGUAGAGGAUGACGACAGAGGAGCUGAAGUUGACGACAGAGAAGAAGAGGAUGACGACAGAGGAGCUGAUGUUGACGACAAAGGAGUAGCGGAUGACGACAGAGGAGCCGAUGAUGACGGCAGUGGAGCUGACGAUGACGGAAGAGGAGUAAAAAAUGACGAUAGAGGAGCUGAUGAUGACGACAGAGGAACAGGUGAUGACGACAGAGGAGCUGAUGUUGACGACAGAGGAGUAGAGGAUGACGAUAGAGGAGCUGAUGCUGACGACAGAGGAGUAGAAGAUGACGAUAGAAGAGCUGAUGAUGACAACAGAGGCUGA